UUCCACUCAAUCCAAACAAGCCCUAAAAGAAAAUUCUCUCUCUCUCUCUCUCUCUCAAACCCUCAAAAAUGGCGGACUCCAGGAUCAAGCAGCAGAUCGUAGCCAUCAUAAGCUCACCGGAUCGAUCUCUGGCCUACUCGACCCUCCUCCACCUCCACCGCUCCUCCGCCGACGACCCCUCGUCAAUGGAGUCCCUCUCCCUCUCCUCCCCUCCUCUCAUCCCCCUUCUCCUCUCCGACAUCAACCUCCAUGACGAAGAAAUCGCUGCGUUGGCUCUCAAAUGUCUAGGGUUCAUGCUCUAUCACCCUUCUCUUGUCUCAAUCUUUUCAGAGGAGGUUGCUGGGUCAGUUUUAGAGGCAUUGGCUAUGUUAAUAAUUGAAACACGAAUGAAGGCUAUUUGUAACUUGGGAGUUUGGUGCAUCUCAAUUCAUCAGUUGGGUAAAGAGGUUGUUAGACCGCGGAUAGAUUUGCUGUUGCGGGCUGUUGUUCAUGCCCUUGAUAAUCCUUUUGGGUCUCUAUCAACCACAUUUGAAGCAAUUCAGGCUGUAAUGAAAAUGGCUGCUCAGUUCUGUGAAAAAAUGAGAGAUAGCUCAAACAUGUGGGUUCCACCAAUAUAUAGAAGACUUGUUAGCAAUGACAAGAAAGAAAGAGAUAUGGCAGAAAGGUGCCUCGCGAAGACGAAGUCCUUCAUUUGUCCUCCUACAUUAACUCUUUCAAAGGUCAUCGCAUUGGAUCUUGAGAAAAGGUUGCUACCAACUAUGUUGGAUAUGAUGCAUGGCUUCAGGCAGAAACUUCCCUUGAUCCAAGCAUGGGGAUGGUAUAUCUGUUUACUUGGUUCCAGCUCAUUGAAGAAUAGGCAUCUUAUCAAUGGACUGCUGAAAAUACCUGAAGAGACAUUUACAGAGCCAGAUCCACAGCAUCAGAUUGCAUCUUUGGUUGCAUGGGAGCAGUUGAUUGAUGCUUUCCUCCCUUCUGAAAAGAUAGAUCGUGAGAUGAAUUAUAGUGAUAAAGCUAAUGGUCUAGUGAGAAGGAUAAAGGUCCUAGUGGUGCCUUUAAAAGGCAUUAUAUCAAGUAGACGUGACAUCUCUGUUCAUUCAUCUUGCCUGAAAACGUGGCAUUAUCUUCUACAUAAACUUGGUAUUUCAGUUAACCAUCCAUCAGUCCUAAUGACUUCUUUUUGGCCAAUUCUUGAAUCGGGACUUUCAAGGGGAUUUGGUAGCAUGCAAAGCACCUCUUUAUGGACCUCAUGCCUUGAAUUGCUUGAUGAUCAUAUUCUAUCAAAAGUAAGGGUUGGAAAGCACAAACUGUCUGCUGAAAAGUCUUUAAGCCAUAUAUUUGUUAAUAAUAAAGGCACAUUCAAGGAUUAUCCAAUCAAGUGGCUUCCUUGGGACAUUUGCAAUUUGGAUUUCUAUCUGAAAACAAUUUCUCUGGUUCUUAGGCAAGGUUUGAUUAUAGCAAUGACCUCUGAGAAUAGAAAGUUGGCUUUCAGUUAUUCCUUGAGGCUCUUCAGAUCAGUAUUACAGGGAGUUGAAGUUGAACUCAAAAUGCUGUCAAUAAGUUAUGACAGGAUCCAGUUUUGCAUUACCACUAUUUUAAUUUUCUUGAAGGAGUUGUCUGAAGAUAUAGUCUCAAGAUAUUGUGAUAAGCAGGGUAAAGAUUUCUUAUUGAUAGCAUUUCAGUUUAUGGAAGCUAGCGUAGAGCUAGAUUCGUCAAUUUUUGCAUCUCCUCUUUAUCAUGUCAGUUUAGAUCUGAAGUACAUCAGUGAAAUACAAAUAUCUGAGAGCGCGAAAAGUAUAGCGGUUGAGUGUCUGAAGAUAUCCUCUCUUGUGCACAAGGGCAUGGUUUGCCCAAUAGUUUAUACUACAAUUUUGGACCUUUGCCUAAUGGCUCAAUCUAUUCAGAAUUUGUUGCUAUCACAGACAGAUGACAUUUCAUGUGCAGUUAAGCACUUGAAGUUUUUGCUCUUUUCAAAAGGUCCAUUACUCAACUUGCAUGCUGCCGUUUCUUUUCUUUAUUUGCACUUGGGAAAGCCUUCAUCUGGGAUAUUUUGCUCAUUGAUGAUGUGGAGAAUCAUCGUUAGGGGCUUUCAGGAGACCAUUGACAGUGCAAGCCUCUCAUUCCUGAAAUUUGAUUCUGAUGGUGAAAAUUGUACUGUGGUUUAUCAGUUGUUGUGCUUCCCCGUUGUUGCACUUUUAUAUUCCCCUGAGGUUUCAGUCUACGUAAGUUCCAGCAAUAGCUCAGAUAUAUGUCUUGUUUCUACAGAGAGAGAGAUUGAGAUGGAACUUACAAUUGAAGUGUGGAAGUUGCUUUUUGUUUCUUUAAGUAGGUGCUCACAGAAUAGACCUUUGUUGAGAAAGAAUUAUUCAGAAGGCCUGUCCCAGAUGCUAAUCAGUGUGCUGGACAAGAUCGUUGAAAUCGAAAAACCAUGCAGUUCUCAUUCAUCAGUACCGAAUUCUCAGAAAAUUGGUUUCUUCUUGGUAUUUGGCGAGCUUGUCAUUUGCAUAUUGAAACAUGCUGGGAUCUUGUGUGUAGAAGCUUCAGGAUUAGAUUCAAUCAACCAAGAGGACAAUAGUCUAAAUCAAGGCAGCCCCAGCAAUAAUUGUUUGGGUCUUGUUGCCAGAUUCAUGAUGAUGGCAAUACAAAUUUUGAAAACAAAUCCUCAUGCAGAUCAUAUGAUAAUUUGCAGCAGGGUAUUUGCUGCUUUGGCUUCUUUCAUAGACCAUAUCUGCUCAAAGCACGAUAUUCUGCUGCUGAUGGAGAUGAUCUCUGAACCACUUGUUCAGUGGCUAUCCUGGAGUGCCGGAUGUGGUGAAAUACAACAAAUUAGCAGCAUUAUGUAUCAGCUUCAAUGCCUUUGUACAAAGAUAUUAGACUGUUUAAGAAGAAGCCAGCCAUCAAUCAUCUUCAAUUCUCGCUUUCUUGGGAUCCAAGCUUCUCUUCUCCAGAUGUCACUUGAUCAUCCUCACUCCUCUAUCGCAGAUGCAUCCAUUGCAUUUUGGAAUGAGACAUAUAAUCAAAAUGUAGAGUUAAAUUAUCCUCAAUGCUUACUUCCUAUUCUAAAUAAAUUAUCCAGAAUUGGAAGGAUAAAUCUUCAGCCGGGAUGCAAGUUAACUACUACCAACUACAGCUCAGCAGGCAAAAAAGUUACAGGUUCAUCACAUAAGAAGAUAUCAGGAGCAGAUACCAUGGAAGGAUCCUACCUCACUCAGGGGUGUGUUGACAUUGUGGCUCCAGGUUUCAGAAAAAAGAGAUUAAAAAUUACUGCGCAUCCUAGCAGUUCGAGAGGAGUUAAGAGCGUUCCUGGUAAUGACCUUGGACUGUCUGAUUAUCUGGAAGGAAGACGAAAGCAUAGAAGCGCAGAUUACCUCUUAGAAAAGCUCAGAAAAGCGUAGAUGAACAAGAGACAAAGACCUAAACUAUCAAAGUAAUGAAGUGGUAUCUAAAAGCAUGGGUAUGCUUAUGGUAUUUUUUAAGAGGGAAAGUUUCUCUCACCAACAUAUUACCAGCUUGCGUUGAGCCUGCAAUCUCUAUCAUAACAAGUACAAGUAAGGAGGUUACUAAUGGUUGGCAUUGUUCCUGAACCAAAUGAAUCUGAGGCACCAUUGACAAAUGCUCAGCAGGAUGAGGAGGGAUCUAACAGUGAAGAUGGAAAUCUGGACAGCCAUUCAGUAACAAUUGAAGAGAUUUAAAUAAUAGAAGAUCUUUAGGAAUUUUAUGCCUUGAUGCAAAUCAUUGGGACUGCCAGUAUAAAUUUGUUAGAUCUUUUCUGGGAAUUUGAAGCAUUUGCGCAUAGCUUAGGCAAUAACAGCUAUAUGCCAUCAGAGGAAGUUCUUGUUAAGGAGGAUUGUUUAUUUCAGGAGAUGAUGGAAGACACAAUUUAUGAUAUAGAGGAAUUUGCUGCUGAUGUUCUCCUGGACGAGCCUUCUGAUAAUUCCUACAUCGAACUUAAGACUUGCAAUUUCCUUUUCCGGAAUUUGAGCCAUGAGGGCUUACUUUGAGGUUACUAUAGCUUGUGUGUCUUGAACCUCAAUAUUAAGAAGGAAUAAUAUAAAGACGAUGUUAUGGAAUAACCAGUAUUAGAGCUAUGUGAUUCUUGCGUAUGAAUGCUUGUGGCUGGGUAUUUAUCACUUUUAUGUUACUUGUUUCAGUAUUGUUGGUUUA